GUUGAGGAAAGUUGUGGAACAGCUGAGUAAUUUCAGCAGCCUUGAUGAUGAGAUGCAAACUCUCAGAAGCAAAAUAGGAUCUUUGAGCUGCCGAGCAGAUGAUGUAACUGCAAUGCUGCAAAAUGCAGAGUUACGAACAGGAAAGAAACGAAAGAGAGGUCAAGAAUUGGUGGGAGAACGUGCAAAAUAAGAAAAUUGAGUUUCAAAGCUUUGAACAAGAUGUACAAGGAAACCGUGGUUGUCAAAAACUGCAGUUCGGAAAACGUGCAGUGAAAAUGAUCAGUGAAGUGGUAGAACUGGUUGAGCAAGGUAAAUUUCCUGAGGGGCUGUUACUUAAUGUGCAUGACACCAAUGCAGUGCCAUUGUUGACCACAAAAUUAAUAGGUCAGGAAUUUAAACAGAAUUUGGAAAAAGUUUGGAAUUGUUUGAUGAACGAUGAUAUCAAGCACAUUGGAAUUUAUGGAAUGGGAGGAUCGGGGAAAACAACCUUGGCCACCAACAUCAAUAAUUUACUUUUACAAAGAUCUGCAACUUCUGGCAUCAAAGUUUAUUGGCUCACUGUGUCGCAAGAUUGGAGCAUUGAUAAAUUGCAAUACGACAUUGUUGAAUUGCUAAAGUUGAAUCUCACCAAGGAGAAGGAAAGAAAUAAAAGGGCAGCCAUAAUCUCACAAGCAUUGACAAGAAGGAAGAAAUCUAUAUUCAUCUUGAACGAUGUGUGGAAACACUCUAGUCUUGAGGAGAUAGGAAUUUCUUGUAGAGUGAGUGCAUUGAAGUUGAUUUUUACUACUCGCUUGUUGAACGUAUGUCGUAAGAUGGGAUGCCAGGAAAUAAUCCAUGUAGGACCUCUUUUUGAGGAUGAAGCAUGGAAUUUAUUCCUAGAGAAACUUGUGCCUGAAGGAGGUGAAAUUCCAUGGCAAAAGAAUCCAGAAAUAAAAGAGACUACAAUGUCCAUGGCAAAAAGAUGUUGCAGGUUGCCAAUUGCAAUUAUUACGGUGACCAGAAGCAUGAUGGGGGAGAAUGACAUUCAUGAGUGGAGGAAUGCAUUACGAGAAUUGAAAGAAUUUAUCACCAAGCAGGGAGAUAUGGAAGAUGAUGUAUUCUCCAAAUUAAAAUUUAGCUACACGCGACUGAAGAAUGAAAAGUUGAAAGAUUGUUUCUUGUAUUGUGCACUUUAUCCUGAAGACCGUAGAAUAAGAAGAGAUGAAUUGAUACCCAAAUUCAUUGUGGAGGGACUGGUAGAUAGAAUGAAGACAAGGCAAGCAUAAUUCGACAAGGGUCAUACUAUGCUAAAUGAACUUGCGAACGCAUGCUUACUGGAAAGUUGUGAAGAGGACAAUCGCCCUGUGUGAAGAUGCAUGAUUUGAUGAGAGAGAUGGCAUUGGAGAUUGCAGGUCGUCGGUUGAUAGUAAAGGCUGGUUUUGGUUGUGAGAAAAUACCAGAAGAGCAUGAAUGGACAGAAGAACUGAAAAGAAUUUCCUUGAUAGAAACUUCCAUAAAUGAAAUUCCACAAGGCAUGUCACUAAGGUGUCCUGGAUUAUCAACAUUAAUAUUGCAAGGUAGUGAGAUUUUAAAAUGUAUUCCUCGCAGUUUUUUUGAGCAUAUAAGUGCCCUCCGUGUUCUCGAUUUAUCUUCUACUGGAAUUGUGGAAUUGCCGAGUACUAUAUAAGACUAGGAGAAUCUCACAGCAUUAUUUCUUAACUCGUGUGAAGAACUCAGAAUUUUGCCUCCUUUAGGGAAGCUUAAGGCAUUACAGUUGUUGGAUCUCUGUUAUACUUCAAUUGAAGAAGAAGUACCGCAAGGUAUGGAAAUGUUGGUCAAUCUCAAAUGCCUAUAUAUGGAUGCAUAGGUCUGGAGUCGUUUCUAUGUGGGAUAUUAUCCAAACUCUCCAGUCUCCAAGAUAUUCGAUUUGGUUCAAUGAAGAUACGAGUAGAAGAAUUGGAGAGGUUGGGGCAGCUGGAAAAAUUAGAAGGGUGCCUGGACAGUAUGUCUGAUUUUAAUCGAUAUGUUAAUUCCGAUCACUACAGGUAGUUGAACACUUGUCGUUUUCGUGUAAGCUUAUAUAUAAAUGAAGAAUAUGCAUGGGAAUAUGAAAAAGAAGCGAAGAUUGGAAAUUGUUGUUGUAACGACCCGAACCCGAGGGU